UGUAUUUGUCGUCUGUUCCCUUCUUGUCAUUCGUGGAAUAGUGAAAAGAGAAGGUCUCAGUCCGCCGCAGGUAAUUGGGAUAGUUUCGAACCAAAAUCCCAACAAAAUAUUCUCUUCAUAUCGGUCGAAUCGGUCCUAAAAACGCGUUCGGAAGACGCUAUCUAAUCUGGAUAGAGUGUAAACAAUUGUGAUCUGAAAAUUAUCGCGAAAAUUCGACAAUUCCUGCAUAUAUGAAGUGAGAGUGGAAAAAAUAUGGCUUGCGCUAGCGCUACGACAGGCAGCAAUAUGGAAGUGGUGGCGCCGACGAAUGUUUCUGUCGCGACCCGGCCCUCAAGGUUUACGAUGGAGGGUGUCGGAUCGCGAGUGAUCCGUGGACCGGACUGGAAAUGGGGCAAACAGGACGGCGGUGAAGGCCACGUCGGGACGGUGCGCAACUUCGAGUCCCAGGAGGAGGUCGUCGUGGUGUGGGACAACGGUACGGCCGCAAAUUAUCGCUGUGCCGGAGCGUACGAUUUACGCAUCCUGGAUAGUGCGCCGACCGGGAUCAAGCACGAGGGAACCAUGUGUGAUACGUGUCGCCAGACGCCAAUCUUUGGCAUUCGCUGGAAGUGUGCCGAGUGUAAUAACUACGAUUUGUGCUCGAUAUGCUAUCAUGGUGACAAGCACCAUCUAAGGCAUCGAUUUCAUCGGAUUUCCACGCCGGGCGGCGAGAAAACGCUACUUGAGCCGCGACGAAAGACGAAAAAGAUAGCGGUGAGGGGAAUUUUUCCGGGAGCACGGGUUGUCCGAGGCGUCGACUGGCAAUGGGAAGACCAGGAUGGUGGAAACGGACGUCGCGGCAAGGUGAACGAGAUCCAGGAUUGGUCGUCGGCUUCGCCGCGUUCCGCGGCCUAUGUGGUGUGGGACAAUGGAGCGAAGAAUCUGUAUCGGGUUGGUUUCGAGGGAAUGGCUGAUUUGAAAGUUGUUAACGAUUCCAAGGGGACUACUGUGUAUCGUGAUCAUUUACCUUUGCUUGGAGAAUACGGACCUGGUCGUGGACCUCAUAGCUUCCAAAUAGGGGAUCAAGUCACUGUAGAUUUAGAUAUAGAAAUCGUUCAAUCGCUCCAACAUGGGCAUGGCGGGUGGACCGACGGGAUGUAUGAAUGCCUGAAUACCACCGGAACGGUGGUAGGAAUCGACGAGGACCAUGAUAUUGUGGUGGCGUAUCCGAGUUCGCACAGAUGGACCUUCAAUCCGACCGUGUUGACGAUUGUUUCCUCGCCGGCAUCGAUUCUCACAGAGAAUCAAUCGCAGCAAUUUGCUGUUGGAGAUUUCGUCAAGAUCUGUAGUGACUUGGAAAGGAUCAAAAUAUUACAGCGAGGGCAUGGUGAAUGGGCCGAAGCGAUGGUCCCAACGCUUGGCAAAGUGGGACGUGUGCAGCAAGUGUACCAUGAUAAUGAUCUGAAGGUGGAGGUUUGCAAUACUUCGUGGACAUAUAAUCCACUAGCAGUGACAAAAGUGGCAUCAUCCUCCGAUGGUUCAACCGCAGUCACAACAAAUGGUGAACGACUGUCAGCGAUACUGAAGAAACUAUUUGAACCACAUGCAUCAGGCGACACCACAGAAGAAUUGGUGAAGGCUGCUGCUAAUGGUGACUGCACUAAGGUAGAGGAAUUCCUCACAGGACCCAACGCUCAAAAUGUUGCUUCAUCAUCCUCUAGCGCGCAAGAUUCGUCCCAGGUGCCAAAGGUAGACGUCAAUGGGGUAUUCGCUGGACACACUGCGCUGCAGGCUGCGAGCCAGAAUGGGCAUCUGGAAGUGAUUCAAGUCUUACUGCGAUACAAAGCAGAUGUUGAGAUUGAAGACAAGGAUGGCGAUCGUGCCGUCCAUCACGCUGCAUUUGGCGAUGAACCUGGUGUUAUGGGUUUAUUGGCAAAGGCAGGAGCUGAUUUGAACGCCCGUAACAAACGAAGGCAGACGGCGUUGCACAUUGCAGUUAAUAAAGGACACUUCAACGUAGUGAAGACACUAUUGGAGCUGAACUGUCACCCAAGUUUACAGGAUUCGGAAGGUGACACUCCUCUACACGAUGCAAUCUCCAAGGAACAUGAUAAUAUGCUUUCGUUGUUGCUGGAUUACGGCGCGGAUAUCACAUUGACCAAUAACAACGGCUUCAAUGCUCUCCACCACGCAGCGCUCAAGGGAAACCCUAGUGCAAUGAAAAUUCUGCUUACUAAGACCAAUCGAUUGUGGAUUGUAGAGGAGAAAAAGGACGAUGGCUAUACGGCGUUGCAUCUGGCGGCCCUCAAUAAUCACGUGGAAAUUGCUGAAUUGCUUGUCCGGAUGGGCAAGGCGAACAUGGACUGUCAGAAUGUCAAUCUUCAGACGGCUCUGCACCUGGCGGUGGAGCGUCAGCAUGUGCAAAUAGUGAAGCUGCUGGUGCGUGAGGGAGCCAAUUUGAACAUUCCCGACAAGGAUGGCGACACUCCGCUGCAUGAGGCGCUGAGACACCACACGCUCUCGCAGUUGCGCCAGCUGCAGGAUGUGGAGGGAUUCGGCAAGAUUCUGAUGGGACUGAGAAAUAACACCGACAAAAAAGCGUCCGCCUCGAUCGCAUGCUUCCUGGCUGCAAACGGCGCCGAUCUGACGAUUAAAAACCGAAAGCUUCAAACACCGCUGGAUCUCUGCCCGGACCCCAAUCUCUGCAAAACAUUAAUAAAAUGCUACAACGAACGCAAAACUGAUGACAUGGAUAUGAGCGCUGCCACCGCCGCCGGUGCAGGUAUACCGGCUCCUCCCGCCUCUGUUCUGCGAAACGGUGCUCCGAACGCGGCUGCCCCGACGACAACAACGACGGCUGCGGCUGUCACGAAUGCUACGGGAAUAAUUUCCGCAGUUGGUGGCGGUCCUGGUUCGGCGCCUCCUCCAGGCGCAGCCACUGUUGGAAUUCCACCUGGUGUUGUGGAUGCUAAUCUGUUGAAUGAUUUGAACAAGAUGUCUAUUCAGCCGGCUAUUAGUGGUCAAUCGAACAACAUCGUCGGAUCCAACGGUGGCAGUCCGCUGGACGAAUGUCUGCUGUGCUCCGAUCAGAAGCGAGAUACAGUAUUCAAACCGUGCGGUCAUGUCGUGUGUUGUGAUAAUUGCGGACCACGGAUCAAGAAGUGUUUGAUUUGUCGAGAAUCUGUUGCCGAGCGUGAAAAGAUUGGAGAGUGUUUGGUUUGUUCAGACCGAAAGGCUUCGGUAUUUUUCAAACCCUGCGGUCACAUGGUGGCUUGCGAUAAUUGCGCUCAGAUCAUGAAAAAGUGUGUCCAGUGUCGGGCCCAGCUGGACCAGAAAGUUCCCCUCUCAGUUUGCAGUGGCGGUCCAGGAAACGUGAUAACCGUUCAACAUCAGCGAGACGAAAAGAAAGAGCAGAGCGCUCAGAUUUUGUUGCAAGGCAUCAACAAAAGUGGACACGGAGUGGCAAUGAACAACACAACGUCGCCGAACAUUAGUGGCGUAAAUGGAACGCCAACAUCGCUCACUACAACGAAUAACAUUGGUACCGCAGCCGUGGCGCCAAGCAAUUUGAAUCUGGUAGAUGACUUCCAAAAGCUUCAGCAACAACUGCAGGAUAUAAAGGAACAGACAAUGUGUCCCGUGUGCUUCGAUCGCAUUAAGAACAUGGUGUUCCUCUGCGGUCACGGGACUUGCCAAAUGUGUGGCGAUCAAAUCGAGGGCUGCUGCCCCAUCUGCCGGAAGACGGUCGAGAAACGUAUUCUACUGUUCCACUAAAAAAGUACACAUGCAGAAUCUUAAUCCAACUACAUAUUUAUAUGCGCAACAGCACCUCCUGCGAGGCAGACAUUAGACACAGAUUUGCAGCCUGUCUGUCUGCGUGUGGUAACGAAAAAUCAAAACUGUUGAAACGGCUAAUUUAAUAAGUUUUAAACGUAUUCUCCCACUAGCCUUUAGUAUAUCGUUAAUCUUCAAGAUUGAAUUCCAUUAUGAUUGUUUUAGAUGUUAAUGAGAUUUUAUCUGUCUCAUAGGUAAGCAUAAAGUAUACUGAUUUUCUAUAUCUUUUAUGUAGCGACAAUUCGAGGCAACUCUCGAAGGUUCUUUUUUUCAAUUUGUAUGUAUGUCGAACAACAUUUUAACUGGUGUGGAAAAAAGGGUACGGUUUAUGUUGACCCAAAAAUGGAUGUUAAUGAGUUUUGUUGUUUUAAUUUCGACAAAAAAUUCGUUUACAUGGUCUAGAAUCCUAGUAUUUUACAAAGCAAGAAACCAAUUGAGACAUUAGACAAAUCACUUUUAAUCAAGCACAGAACCAAAAGGAUAGAAAAAGAACAUUCACCUUAAAUAAUGUUCUGCGUAGCUUUCAAAGUAUAUACAAAAACCCCACCACCUUCAAUAAUAGUGUGCCCAAUUAUUAGUGUACGCCGAAACGGCACACUCAUUCGCAUUAUACAAAUCUAUAUAAUCUUCUGGGUUACUCGACGUGUUUGCUAUUACGUCAAAUAAAUAUCCAUAUCGAAAAAUCUA